AUGCCGGAUCCCGAGGACGUUGUACCAACUGCCCCACAUCCUUUGGAGGAGCGCGUUGCGCAGCCUAGACAAUCUAACGAGGCCGUAGCGGAAUCAUUUACGGAAGAUCCUGGACACCUGGUAGGCCUACCGCAGGAACGGCCGUUGAAUGUUACGGACGCCCUCAGCUAUCUUGAUUCGGUAAAGAUGCAGUUUCAGGAGAGGCCGGACGUAUACAACCACUUUUUGGAUAUCAUGAAGGACUUUAAAGGCCAACUUAUUGAUACUCCAGGUGUCAUUGAACGCGUCUCAAAUUUGUUCCACGGCCACCCAGCUCUGAUUCAGGGCUUCAACACAUUUCUUCCCGCUGGCUAUCGUAUCGAAUGUACGACCGAUACGCAGAAUCCUAACUUCAUUACUGUCACUACGCCAGCAGGAACCACCACUCAGGCCACGGACGGGACGUUCAUGUUCGGCGACAGCGCGACAACGGUCGUAGCUUCGUCCGUCCGCUCUCCCUCCGCUACCCCGGUACCCAGUGUGAACCUCGAGCCCGCGCUGUCGUACGUGCAACGGGUGAAGGCGCGGUACCUCGGCGAGCCGGAGCGGUACAAGAAAUUUCUGGAGGUCUUGUCGGACAAGUCGGGAAUGCCUGACGACGUGCGUGAUCCGAAUCGUGAAUCCUGGUCGGUAGCAAUCCUCUCAGCUAGGUGUGCGCAGGGCGACGUUGUGGCACGUGUCGGCAGACUCUUCUAUGAUGCCCCCGACCUCAUGAAGGACUUCGUCGAGUUUCUUCCGGAUAAACACAUGCAGGAGAUCGAGCUCGCUCGACUGGCUGAGGAGGAGCGCAGAGUUGCCACACCCGUGAGCGAGGCCAAAGUUCCAGCCAAGAGAAAAGCAGAAUCGACAAGUUCGACCGUGCCACAGAAGCGAAAGCGGAAACCGGUGGAGAAGGAGAAAGAAAGGGAAAAGGAUAAGGAUAAAGAGAGCAUAGCAAUAGCGAAGACGAGCAGCAGCAAGGCGAAGAAGGGACGGUCGCAAGUCGAGCCCUCUUCACCUCGCCAUGCGGUCAUCCCACCGUCACCCCGCCGCUCGCAUGUACACUCCCAUCACUUUGCACCACCCGUGCCUAUACCUCCCCCUGCACCCGAACCAUCUGCACCACUCACACCCACCGAUUCCGCCCAUUUCUUCGAUCGCGUCAAGCGCGCGCUAGACAGUCGAGAAACUUACAACGAAUUCCUGAAGCUCGUAAAUCUCUUCGCGCAAGACAUCAUCGAUAUUCCACGGCUUGUACAUCAGAGCCGCUCAUAUCUGGGAGACGGAGAACUAAUGGCUCAGUUCAGGGAGAUACUCGGCUAUGACGAGCAGCAGGAACGCUAUGCAGCGGGCGCAGACGUGUACUCGUGGCCGAUGACCUCGCUGGACCGGCCUAGUCGAAACCAGCUAAAUUUGCGGUACGGCAGCUAUCGCAAGCUGCCGGAUAGCGAAAUCAACGUAAAAUGUGCUGGCCGGGACGAGAUGUGCAGGUCCGUGUUGAAUGACGAGUGGGUUUCCCAGCCGACAUUCGCCAGCGAGGAUUCAGGUUUCUUGGCCCACAAGAAGAACGUGUAUGAAGAGGCGCUACAUCGGAGCGAGGAGGAGCGGCAUGAGUACGACUUCCACAUCGAAGCGAUACACCGUACGAUCCAGAUGCUGGAACCGCUGAACAAUAAGAUUGCGCAGCUGAGUCCUGACGAGCGCAACAGCUUCAAGCUGAAGCCGAACUUCGGCGGCGCGGGGAAGGCGAUCCACCAGCGGGUGGUGAAGAAGAUCUACGGGAAGGAGCUCGGCGUGGAGGUAUACCAAGCGAUGCAGGACGUACCCGCCCUCGCGAUCCCCGUCGUUCUGACGCGCUUGAAGCAGAAGCACGAGGAGUGGAAGCGUGCGCAGCGGGAGUGGAACAAGGUCUGGCGCGAGGUCGACGCUCGCAACUACCACAAGUCGCUCGACCACCAGGGCAUCACGUUCAAGGCGGCGGACAAGAAGGCGAUCACUGCGAGAGCUCUUGUAAACCAGAUCGAAGUCGCGCGCGACGAGCAGAUGGCGAAGCGUGCGUCGCUCAUUGAUCCACUUUUUGCCCGCCUGCGGCCCCACCAUCAGCUAGAGUUUGUUGUCGACGAUAUAUCCGUCCUGCAGGAUGCUGUCAAGCUCACACUCACAUUCCUUGACCGCACGCAGGGCCAGAUCGCCUUCGGGGACAGGAAGAAAAUCGAGACGUUCCUCCGCGCGUUCAUCCCGCUAUUCUUCGUCCUAGACCCGGUGCUAUUUAACGGCUCGCUGGUGCCGCACCAGGAGGCUGCUACUGAUAGCGACAUGGAUUUGGAGAGCACAGCUGACGACGCGGAGUUUGCGGGCAGUUCUAGCGGUUCGCGCUCUGGGAGGAACAGCAGAAAGCCGGCGGGAGGCUCGUCGGGGGAUUUGCGGAAGAAGCUGCUGAAGAGCGAGCAGGCGAAAUCUAGCAGGCGGACUCGUGCGCAGGAUGCUGCGUCCCCAUCCGUAUCGCGGCGAACAUCUCCGGCGAUGUCAGAGACGAUGCAAGUUGAAGGAGACGACGCCCAGUCUACUACUCCCGCCAACCGAAGAGAAGACUCCUUGCAAAUCGAUCCGCCUCCUGCGCGGCGAAGAGGGCGCUACAUGUUCUACACAAACACGACAUUCUAUGUUGUUUUGCGUUUGCUGGAGAUACUCUACUCCCGUUUGCACCUCUUCAAAACCAUCGCCAAGGAGAUCGCUGACAGCAGCACCAUCACGACAACGCCAAACCCAGUCAUGGUCCAGCUGGGCAUCCUGAAUGAUAUCGGCAAGCUUGGCGACAAGCGCCAGGAAGCCGUUCACUACUACGACUUUAUGCUGGAGUCGUGCGAGAAGCUAUUCGACAACGAACUCGAGCUACAUGUCUUCGAGGACCAGAUGCGGUACAUGUUUGGCACCAAGCAUUCGUACAAAAUUAUUACUGUGGACAAGCUCGUUGGUGCGAUCAUCAAGCAGGUGCAGCUUGUACUGAGCGACAUUAAGAGCCAAGAGCUCUUCGAUCUCCUGCGGCGCGAGCGAGACAUUAUAUCUCCGACCACGCAGGAUCUGCUUAAUUGUAGGCACAAUACUGAGAAGGUGCUCGGACCGGACGAGAACCUCUUUCGCAUAGAUUGGAUCCCUGAGAGCAAAACUGUGACCAUGCAAUUACUGGGCAAGGACGAUUCAAGCUUCGACGAUGCCGAAGUACUCACCGGGCGCUGGCAAGCUUACGUAGAUUCGUUCAUAUCUCCCGAACCCACAGCAGGUGUCCCGACAGUAUCCGCGCCAAGACGCUCAUUCCUUCGCCGAUCCAAACUUCCUCCGGCACCGGAAGACGCGCGACCCUACAUUGUCGCGCGCGGCGGCCUGGGUAUCAAAGUAUGCGUGCGCACGUACCGCCUCUUCUUCGAUGCGCGCUCGGAGGACAUCUUAUUCCGCUUCCCGUCGACGCAGGAGAGCGAAGCCUCGCGGGCGAAGUUGGAGGCGGCCACAGUGAGGCGGAAGAAAUGGCUAGAAAAGCUUGCGGCUGUGCCGAAGGCUGACGACUCCACUACCGUCGCGGGCGCGGCUGCGACGCAACCCCCGGUGGUAAACGGUAUUGCUGGUGGGCCUUCGUGA